CGUGGCCUGUUACUACUCGUCCACGCCAGCCACCGUACACCUCCUCUCUCCGUCGCUUUAUCACCGCCGGGCCGGGCCCGCCAUAGCCUCAACUCAGCAAGCUCACACAGUGCAAUAAUAUCCUCCUCCUUGAUUGAUUUCUAGGGUUUUCCCGUUUCUCUCCCCUUCCACCUCUAGCUUUUUACCUCCCCUUAACUUUCCUCCUCCUCACCAAUGGAUUCCAUCGCCGAUCCCGGCGAAGUCACUCAGGCGUCGCCGCCGUUGCCGGAUUUCGACGACUUCCAGCGCCAGACCUCUCUCAUGACCAGCUGCACUCUUCUCUGGAAAGAGCUAUCCGAUCAUUUCACCUCCCUCGAGCAGGAUCUAAUUAGGAAAUCUGAAGCCCUCAAGUCCAAGCUCCAAACCCUAGACAACCAGACCAAGCAAUCCCUUGAGGUUCUCGAGAAGCGAGAGACGUCGAUCGCCGCCUCUAUCUCCAUCGCUCUCCAGAAACUCAACGAGAGCAAGAAGGCGGCGCUCGUUGAAUUCGGCAACUUCGCCAAAUCGAUCGACGAUGUCUCCGAGCAGCAGCCGGAGGUUGACAAUUCCGCCGGUCUGCUCUUCAAGCUGAGGUCGUACUGCCUUCAGAUGGAUUCCAGAAACUUCUGGAGCUUCGUUAAUCUUCGGAAGAAGGAGCUUGAAUCCUUGAGGUUGGAGAUCCCGAAAGCCCUGGGAGACUGUGUGGACCCACCGAAGUUCGUGUUGGAGGCGAUAUCUGAGGUUUUUCCGGUGGACAAACGGGAGCUGAAGAGUGAGAGGAGCAAUGAUUUGGGCUGGGCCUGCGUUCUGCUUCUGGAGUCACUGAUCCCUGUGAUGAUGGAUCCGGUGCUGGGGCCCGAGAGGAUGCUGGUGACGCCCAGCGUGAGGAAGAGGGCCAAUGAGAUAGCCGAGACAUGGAAGAAGAGCUUAGAUGAAAGGGGUGGAAUUGAGAAUGUUAAAACCCCCGAUGUCCAUACUUUCUUGCAACAUUUGGUGACUUUUGGGGUUGUUAAGGAAGAGGAUGUUGAUUUGUACAGGAAGCUUGUGGUUGGCUCUGCUUGGAGGAAACAUAUGCCCAAGCUUGCUCUCUCUCUUGGCCUUGGAGAUAAAAUGCCCGAGCUGAUUGAAGAACUAAUAAGCAGAGGACAACAGGUUGAUGCCGUGCAUUUCACUUAUGAAGUCGGCCUCACCCACAAGUUUCCUCCUGUUCCUCUCCUUAAAGCUUUUAUCAAGGAUGCUAAUAAAGCUGCUAAUGCCAUUCUUGAAGAUCCUAACAAUUCUGGUCGAGCUGCGCAACUAUCUGCAAAGAAGGAGCUAUCGGCGAUCCGUGCUGUUCUCAAGUGCAUUGAAGAAUACAAGCUCGAAUCCGAAUUCCCGCCAGAAACUCUCAAGAAGCGUCUUGAGCAGCUGGAGAAGACGAAGAGCGAGAAGAAGAAGCCAGCUGCAGCGGCGGCCCCUGCCGCCAAGCGUACGAGGGUCAGCAACGGGGGUGGGCCCAUGCCCCCCGCUAAGGCCGGGCGCUCAAGCAAUGCGUACGUCUCCUCUUUCCCGCCAACCCCUCCUACGUUCGUGAGGUCACCCCCCUCACACACCACCCAGUACCCCGCAUACCCUCCGUCCCCAAUAUAUGGGCAUGGAAGCUUGAGCCCCUCUUACUGUUACUCCCCUGAAGCUGCCCCUCUUAUGGGCAGUCCUUACUCCCCAUAUGGAAGCUAUGGCAAUGGAAUGACACCACCACCUGCUUACCAGCAAGCUUACUACUGACUGGCUGCUCUCUCAAGAAACAUGGUGACAAACUGAUGAAGAUGACGACGAUGACGACCGGAACUGGAUUCCUUCUUCUUCUUCUCUGAAGUGAUAUGUGAUCACUGAUCUCUCCUGAACUGUAGCUUUAUCUGUGUGUUAAUCCUUUCCUUAAUUUUAAAAACUUAUUAUCUGCAGGCUGUACUUGUGAUAAUUGCUGAUUAAACUUAUCAGUAUUAGCUAGGCUGUUUGUGAAACAUUAACUUUUAGAAAUAUGCUUAACAAAUGGCUUUAGUCCUC